ACAGAAAAGAGGAGGAGCGUAUACGCUCGCUGCGUCAUUUAUUACUCUCAAGAACAGAUUUAUUAUCGACUGGAGAACAAUGUGUGUUAGGCUGGACUCACAAGAGAACAAGAGGCACAUCUGACAGAGAGGAGAUUUUCUUAUGGCCAGCUUCAACUGCUCAAACAUGUCUCAACCAGGUCAGGAAGAAGAUGAACAAACGCAGCGCCCCGAGGUGAAAGAUGAGGACCUGACCGAAGCAAAGACCAAACUGGGUACAAGUGGGCCAGCGAAGAGCAAGACAUUUGAAGUACUGGAGGAGUGUGAGAAAAUUGGUAAAGCAGCUCCCUCCGUGUUCAGCGGAGUGAGGUCGGGAGCGGAGACUGUUUUGAAGUCAGCUCGACCUAUCAGGAAGUAGCAGUGGACUUCCUGACCAUGAUUGGACAACACUUGCUUCACCUUAUGGGUUCGGGAUCAGUUAUUUUCCAGCUGCACUUCAGUCCAUGAAAAUUUAGCUUUUUUAUUUCAAUUAGGUGUUCUUCAUUAAACAGCACUUGUAUACACUGGCAAGCCAGUUUUUCAUUUUAAAAAGAAAAUUUAGAGAAAUGUUUAACCAUUGGAACACCUCUGUAACAGCAGCAUUUAUCCAGUUUCAGGUUAAGGGUAAUUUUAAGGAAAGAGCAAUACUGCAAUCAAAACAAUUGUAAGAAAAUUAAGUUGAAAUCUUUUGUCUCGUCCAUCCUGUUUCAUUGUAAGAAGUGCCAAUAAAAAAGUAAAUGUUUAAGAAAACUGAGUCAUUUGUGU